UAUCGUGCAGCCGCCGGUGGAAGAAAAGUUGCUUAUUUAGAAGGCUGGAAAUCGAUUACUUUAGCUAAUGAGACCUUCGGGUUUGAUGGUUGGAGUUCCUGUGUCAAAAACAUCCAAACAGAUCACCAAAUUUUUAACAAUGGCAAAUAUGACGUUGGGGUUACCGCAAUUGUGCGUGUAGAGCUUAAAGAUGGAACAUUUCACGAAGACGUUGGUUACGGCAUUUGCGAAGGUUUAAAAUCUCUCUCGUUGUCCCUGGAGAAGGCCAAGAAGGAAGCUGUGACCGACGGUUUAAAAAGGGCUCUACGUUCUUUUGGACACGGACUGGGAAAUUGCUUAUACGACAAAACUUAUCUUUCCACCCUUCAAAAGUUGAACAAAAGGACAGUGAAUAAUAAUGAUCUUACUUUAAAAGGGAUUGCUCCCAGUCUACCAAAGACCAGUUCUGAGGUUAUGCCUGAACUUACGCCUGAUUUGGAGAUAAUCUCUGAAGAGAUGGCGAUGGCUUUAAAGUUGGCUGAAUACAACGUUUUGCAGCGCCCGCUAGUCACCCACAGCCAUUCUGCUGCUCCUUCGCCUCCGUUGACGGCUGCUAGCGAAGAAGGGAGACUGCAAUCGGGAAGAAAGGAGAGCGCCAACCAUAACGAUACAGUCGCACGUCGUACUAAAAGCAGAAGGUUGAGUAGGCGCGAACGAGCCGAGGGGGAAAUAAUAACGUCGAGUAUAAAUACUAUUGUUAGCAGCAGCAGUGGCGGCUGUCUGCCCUCUCGACCGCUACGGCCCGCUUCCAGGGUUGCCGCCGUUAACACUACUAAGUUAUUGCACGAACCGGGAUUUCUCAAGAAUACCAAAAUUGAGAUCGACAUGGCCGCCCUGACUGGAAGCCAAUGUGAACACCUUUUUGGCCCUUUAGAGCAAGCGAUAGAGUGAUGCGAGAAGUUGCGCUUCAGUAGUGG